AGCUCGGCGGCUGCAGCGCGGAGUCUGUCAGUUCAGCCGGGAUUAGGGCACUCGCAGCUCGGGGCUGGGAUCCGGGUCUGCUCAGCGGGCAGCGGGAAGGAAGGUGCGCGGUGGAGGGCGCUCGUCCGGACUUCCCGCAGCGCGGCCAUGAACCUGGAGCGGCUGCGGAAGCGUGUUCGGCAGUACCUGGACCAGCAACAGUAUCAAAGUGCUCUAUUUUGGGCCGAUAAAGUAGCUUCACUCUCUCAUGAGGAACCCCAGGACAUUUAUUGGUUGGCUCAGUGUCUUUACCUGACCGCACAGUAUCAUCGAGCAGCUCAUGCACUUCGGUCACGAAAACUCGAUAAAUUGUAUGAAUCUUGCCGCUACCUUGCAGCUAGAUGCCAUUAUGCUGCGAAAGAGCAUCAGCAGGCUCUCGAUAUUCUUGAUAUGGAGGAGCCUAUCAACAAACGAUUAUUUGAGAAGUAUUUAAAGGAUGAAAGUGGCUUGAAAGACACCCCCAAUGACUGGGAAAUGUCACAGUCCUCAAUAAAGAGUUCUAUUUGUCUUUUACGAGGGAAAAUCUAUGACGCUCUAGAUAACCGAACCCUAGCUACCUAUAGCUAUAAAGAAGCUUUGAAGCUCGAUGUCUAUUGUUUUGAAGCGUUUGAUCUUUUGACGUCACACCACAUGUUGACAGCCCAAGAAGAAAAAGAACUCCUUGAAUCACUACCUCUUAAUAAGCUCUGUACUGAAGAACAGGAAUUGCUACGUUUUCUUUUUGAGAACAAAUUAAAAAAGUAUAAUAAGCCGAGUGAAACUAUUAUCCCCGAGUCUGUAGAUGGUUUGCAAGAGAAUCUGGAUGUGGUAGUAUCUUUAGCUGAAAGACAUUAUUAUAACUGUGAUUUUAAAAUGUGCUACAAGCUUACUUCUGUAGUAAUGGAAAAAGAUCCUUUCCAUGCAAAUUGUUUACCUGUACAUAUAGGGACACUUGUGGAGCUGAAUAAAGCAAAUGAACUUUUCUAUCUUUCUCAUAAAUUGGUGGAUUUAUAUCCUAGCAACCCUGUUUCUUGGUUUGCAGUGGGAUGCUAUUAUCUCAUGGUUGGUCAUAAGAAUGAACAUGCCAGAAGAUAUCUCAGUAAAGCUACGACACUUGAGAAGACCUAUGGGCCUGCGUGGAUAGCAUAUGGACAUUCAUUUGCAGUUGAGAGUGAACAUGACCAAGCAAUGGCUGCUUACUUCACAGCGGCACAGCUGAUGAAAGGGUGUCAUUUGCCGAUGCUCUAUAUUGGAUUAGAAUAUGGAUUAACCAAUAACUCAAAAUUGGCUGAAAGAUUCUUUGGCCAGGCUCUAAGCAUUGCACCAGAAGAUCCUUUUGUUAUGCAUGAAGUUGGCGUGGUUGCAUUUCAAAAUGGAGAAUGGAAAACAGCAGAAAAAUGGUUUCUUGAUGCUUUGGAAAAAAUUAAAGCAAUUGGGAAUGAGGUAACUGUUGACAAAUGGGAACCUUUGUUGAACAACUUGGGGCAUGUCUGCAGAAAACUUAAAAAGUAUGCUGAGGCAUUGGAUUAUCACCGUCAGGCAUUGGUGUUAAUUCCACAAAAUGCAUCCACCUAUUCUGCCAUAGGGUAUAUCCAUAGUCUGAUGGGCAACUUUGAAAAUGCUGUGGACUAUUUCCAUACCGCCCUUGGUCUUAGGCGAGAUGAUACAUUUUCUGUUACAAUGCUUGGUCAUUGCAUUGAAAUGUACAUUGGUGAUUCUGAAGCUUAUAUUGGAGCAGACAUUAAAGACAAAUUAAAAUGUUAUGACUUCGAUGUGCAUACAAUGAAGACACUAAAAAACAUUAUUUCACCUCCGUGGGAUUUCAGGGAAUUUGAAGUAGAAAAACAGACUACAGAAGAAACAGGGCUUACACCACUGGAAACCUCAAGGAAAACUCCAGAUUCCAGACCUUCUUUGGAAGAAACCUUUGAAAUUGAAAUGAAUGAAAGUGACAUGAUGCUAGAGACAUCUAUGUCAGACCACAGUACGUGAUUCCCAAGUGGGUCCUGAUUUUGUUUUGUCCUAGCGUAGAGUAGGUCAGUCAGUGUUCCUCAUGUCCGUGUCAUGUCUGAAGAAUUUCCCAUUUCUUAACAUGAAUACAGACUAUCCGUCUACAUUUAGGAACAGAGACCUGCCUUAAGAGACUGCAUAGCACACCUUUGCAGUGAUAUUUUCUGAUCCUACAAAAUAGUUAUAUACAGUGGAAUAAAAAAGGUAAAGCAUCUAUGUCUUUUAUUUCUUUUUCAAUGAACUUUUAUGUUGGACUGAUUUUCCAUUAAAAAAAACCUGCAGAUAGUACAGAGAGCUAUAUAACCUUCACUAGCUUUCCAUUGUUAACAUCUUACAUUACCAUGGAACCUUUGUCAUAACUAAGAAACCUACAUUUUUACAUUUCUACUAACUAAACUCCAGGCUUUCUUUGUAUUUCACCAGUUUUUGCAUUAAUGUCCUCUUUCUGUGCCAGCAUCCCAUCCAGGGGCCACACUAUGCAGCUGUCCUGUCUCUUUAAGCUCUUCUUAACUCAGACAGUAUCUCAGACAUCUGUUGUCUU